AAUUUUUGCUUUUUUCCCCUGUUUUUUCUUAUAAGCCCUGUGUCGUUGGAUGGAGUGUUUGCCUUGCCAGUCCCAUUUGGAAUGGAGCUUUGGCACCUCAAGUGCAAUUUGCUGCUGCCAUUGCAUCUCCUCUCCUUGGCCCAUACUGCUACUGCUCGCUUACUGGGAUCACUGGGACCGAUCACCUCGGUUACGCA